CCGCAGAGAGGGCACUGUCUUUGCGUGGAUGGUGCUCUUGAAUUCCAUUUCUGGGUCUUUUUCCUACUGAUUUAGAUUCUCUCUGCUGCUCUCUUCUCCUGUUCCCCUUUUAACUACAAACGGGAAGGAAAGGAAAAAAAAAAAAACAAAAAAACAGAGCAGCCUUUUCCGUUUCCUUUUUCCUUCUCUCCCUUUUUUCUUCCUCUCCAAGGUUUCAUUUUGAGGACUUGGGUUUGUUUGCAGUCCUCUUCCCCAUGUGGGUUCUUGAGUCUUUGAGGUGUCAUAAGCUCUCUUGAGAGAAAGAGGGUUGAAAGCGGGGGGAAAAAGAGACGACUUUUGCUCUGUUUCUGCUCUUGUGAGGGUCCUCCUAUCAGGCUCUGUUUUUCCAGUCUGAGUAAAAAAAUGGGAGAAGAGUUUAGAAAGAAAAGUGAAGUUUGUCCAAAGCUACUUACUCUGAUGGCGUCAAAGGAGAGAAAUUGGAUUGAUGCUCAAGAGGAGAAGAAGCUGGAGCUGAAGCUGGGCCCACCAGGAGUUGAUGAAGAAGAUCCUUCAGUCCUCUCACUGGGUUAUUUUCCUAAAGCCUCUAAACCCACUAAAAGAGGAUUUUUGGACACAGUUGCAGCCAAUACUGAAUGUUGCCCAUCAUCACUACAUGCUGUUGCCUCUGUUAAUGCAGCUAGGCCCAAUAGCAAGAGCUCUCAAGCAAGAGGGUGCAGGACUACUUCAGUUCCAGUAGUCGGAUGGCCACCUAUCCGAUCUUUUCGGAAGAAUCUUGCCGGUAGCUCUUCGAAACUGACACCAGAUGAAUCCAAGGAUGAAGGCUCUGAGACUGGAAGAAAGCCCGAAACUUGCAAGAAAGGCGUCUUCGUGAAAAUUAACAUGGAUGGGAUACCUAUUGGAAGAAAAGUGGACCUUGAAGCCUACGAUAGUUAUGAUAAGCUCUCUCCUGCUGUUGAAGAGCUCUUUCGAGGACUUCUUGCAGUUGCAGCUCAAAAGGAUCUAGCUACUGCCGAGCAGAAAAAAGCAUUUACAGGAUUAUUGGAUGGAACUGGUGAAUACACUUUAGUUUAUGAAGACAAUGAAGGAGACAGAAUGCUUGUUGGGGAUGUACCAUGGGAAAUGUUUGUUUCAACUGCCAAGAGACUGAGAGUGCUGAAGAGCUCUGAGCUUUCAACACUAGUUUUGGGAGCAGUCAGCAGCAAAAGAGCAGCUACUGAGUGCUGAACUAAGUCAAGAAGAAGAACUUUUUCAUUUAGGUUAUGGUUUUGGCUUUAUUUCUACUGAAAUUAUAUUAGCAGCAUAGUUAAAACUAUAUGCAAAUGUAUACGGAAUUCGUGAUCUUGUGGUUUUAUUGGUGUUGUGUUGGAUUCAACUGAAAAGUAUUUUCUAACUGUUCUAUCA